GUGUACCGUCAAACUGCGUUUACCAGCCCUAGGAAAAAAAAGUCUAGACUUUGCGGGCUGCUGCAAGGGUUUCACUCUCCCUCCAUAAACCACUCCCUAAUCUAAAGAGAAUUUAGGUUUACAAAGACACGAAUAUCCAGGCAGGCAAGCACAGAAAUCCGCAAGCUGGGAUCCAGCGGGACAGUGCCUGAAUGUGGCGACAUGUUCGUCCUCUGUAAUGUGGCGCUGAGGAAGCGGGCGUCCGGAUCCGCCGCAGGCUCUUCUCAAGUUUGCUUGACUGCCAGCUAUCAGGACAUUGUACUGCACGCAUAAAUACAGCCAUAGAAAUGUUGAGCAGAAUAUUCAGAAGGGCUCCCUUGCCAGUGGAAAAUCGCCUACCUGUGCAGGACACACCCGCCUGCAAUGAGCUCUCAGCCCGAGAGGACAGCACUGGCAAUCUCUCCGAGAGCAGCACAAGGGGGGACUUUGAGAAGAUACAUGCCAACAAUAGUGAUCCAAGACCCUCUGAGGACACAGAGGAAGAUGGUGAAAGCUUGCUGGAUUGGUGGAGAGGGGUGGAAGGUUGGGAAGAGUGGAAUAAAUCCAUUAAUGUUCAUGAGGAUAUGGAGGAUGUUGCGGUGGAACAGGCAGCCGACCGCGUCUACAUGGCCGCCCAGCUGUUCGUGCGUCUCCUGGAGCAGCACAGCGACUCUCUGCACUGCCGCGUCCACGAGUUGCUCUCCGUGGCCGACGCCGCCGACGGCUUCCACAAGCGCACAGUAGUGGCCAGCGUCGGUGGGGGCGUGGCCAGUGUGGCCGGGGGCGUGGUCACCAUCAGUGGCCUGGUCCUCGCCCCCUUUACCUUCGGCACCUCCCUCGUUGUCACUGCCGUCGGGAUUGGCGUGGCCACUUUGGGUGGCCUCACCUCGGCCUCCGCCAACAUCACGGACACGCUCCACUCCACCAUGGACCGCAAGAAGGUGGAGAAGAUGAUCCAGGAUUACCAGGAAGAGAUGAAGGACAUCAAAGAAUGUCUGGAGUUUGUGCAGGAAGGUGUGAAUGUACUGAGGCAGUGGGACUUUGAGGAGUACAUGGAGAGCCUGUCUAGGCAAGCACUGAACCAGAACCUGAAGCAUGUGAUGAAGGAGGGUGGACGGGCAGGGAAGGCCCUGUUCAUCAACACAGAGAAGUUGGUCAACACUGUGCAGGUGCUCAGUGUGGCUGGUGGAGCGGCCCGAGCAGCCCAGGCAGUCAGUGUUGCCACCGGAGUAAUGUCUGCGCUCUUCCUUGCACUUGAUGUGUUCUUCCUCGCCAGGGACUCACACGAGCUACACACAGGUGCCAAAACCAAGUUUGCUGCCAAGAUCCGCGAGGUCUGUAAGGAGCUUGAGGAUGGCCUGCGGGAGCUGAAGCGGAUCAAGGAGGAGUUACAGAAGACCAUGAAUGGGGAAGAGCUGCAGAUGGAGGAAGAGGAGGAGGAGAAGGUCCUGUUCUCUGACUUGGAUGAGCUGGCCCUCCUUGAGAAAGAGCUUGAUCAGCUGGAAAAUGAGUUUGACGAGAGAGCCCUCAAAAAGAGCAUGGGUGAGGGCCCGGGUAGGGGUGAGAAAGAAGGCAGAAUCGAAAGUGUGAUUGUGGGCAGUAAAAAUAACGAGGUCAAGCCAGGACAGAAGAGCAGGAGGGAUGGAGACAUGGAGACAGGGGUGAGAAUAGACCUGGAGAAUAAGCAGGGGACUGCAAAUCGUGGGACAGGUAUGAUGGAAGAACAAAGAGGAAAAGACAGAGUGGAAGAUGUGAAGGGGAAAGGAGGACAGAUUGGCAUGUGCUUCGCGGCCUCGGGCCUUUGCUUUUUCAUGCAGUACAGACAGUGGAUAUAUGGGUGGGGCAGGUCUCACAGGGGACACCUCCAGCAAGUGAUGCAUAAAAUGACACUUCAUGAACCAUUUGCUGUAUUUUUUAACCCCACUAGAUGGUGCUCUUGAUUUGUUGUUUGAACAGAGAGCAAUGGAGUCAAAAAAUACAGUAAAUGAUUCAUGAAGCAUCAGUUUGUCUAUCACUACCUCCCGCAAGACCACAGCACAUAGGACAGCCGUUACCUAAACAGCCACUGCAUAGCUGAAACAUACUGUUUUGUAACAUUUUUGACUAUCCAAACAGAACAUACUGAUGAUCUGUACCUGCUUAGUAUUGAUACAAACAGCACCUUGCUUUUUAAUAGAAAAUCAUAAAAUUAACAGAGUAACCAAGUCACCAAUAGAACUUGGUACACUUGAUGUAACACUAUUUAAGUGUAGCGUUGUUGUGUAUUUAUAUGGUUAUUGCAAUAAUUUUUUUAUCUGAUGAAUUUCCUAAAUGUAUUUAUGUAAAUGUCAUUGUUGUGUAUGAAGACCUACAAAACUGGUAGCCCUGGGCUUCUUCCUGCCUGUUGAGGUAGAAUGUUAGAAGGGUGACUUCUCAUUCCUUUUGACAGCAGAUGUCACUGUGGAGAAUGGUGGCAUUUGACAAGACUGUCCCAUUUCGAAGCCUCCUUCAAAUUCGGUCUAGAAAUGUGUCCUUCUUUUGCCGAGUCAUGAAGGAUCCACCGGAUGGAUCUCUUGCAGUCCAGCAUAUCCCUAGAUUCAUUGCGUUUAGGUAUGUAGGUAAAGUGGGUAUGUCCUGACCAUGGGUGUCACCGGCAUUAAAUCUGUGGGGGACGUGUCCCCCUCACAUUUCAUAAGUAUUCGUUUGGACCCCCCCACGUUUAACAUAAAAUAUUAGCUUUAUGCCAACGUGUCCCCCCACAUUCAAAAUGCUUCUGACGCCCCUGGUCCUGACUAGGCGAUAGGAACGGGACAGAUAGGAAAUUAACUAGGCCACACUAUCCCAUUUACAACGUUUUCUGUUCAACCUUCAAAACAAUACAGCCUACAAAGGCUACACCCUUGAUAGUCUGUGUCCUUUGAAGGAUGCAACCACAGAAUUAGGACACAGUGUGCCCUCUUAAGCGGAAGUCUGCCUUUCUUAUGGUCCCGUAUUGAGAUGGAUACUCUUUGUUGUGUUUCAAGCAUUUCAGUUUAGUAGUUUUAUAUAGUAUGUUUCAAUGGAACCAAAGAACCUGGAACACCUUAUAAACUGGCCUUAUGUAUAAAAUAAAACUCAUAUCAGUAGAACA